AUGCUGUCGACGGAGGAGCUUGCGACACUCACGCUCAAGUCGCCGUUUGUGUACGAGUACGGGGACGCGCCGUACUUUAAGCGGUGCCUCAACGAGUUCCCGCUGCACUUCUUCGUGCGCUACCGCGCGAGCAAAGACGACCCCUCGCAGCACCGCUGGUCCCGCCUGUUGGAGGUGGUGGACCGCCGCCCACCGCGCACCGCCGACGCCGACGCCGCCACCACGACGCCGCCGCCGCCGACGGUGGCCCCGCUGUCGUGGAAGGAGAAGUUUUUUUUCAUCGCGCUGCGUGUGGAGGGAGAGGACAAGUGUGUGGAGCUCCCGCGCCUCUCCAGCAAGCUGCCGACGGCGGCGGAGGUGAUGGACUACUGCGCCCGUCGGGCCGAGUCGCAGCUGCGGGCGGGGGCCCGGCGGGAAGGGGAGGCGGACGCCGACGACGUGACGGGGGUCACCGCGCGGGCGCAACUGCCCACUGCAAGGGAAAUGGCGGAAAUGCGGGCGUUUCGCCAGACGCACAUCGUCAAUCACCGCUGGACGCCGGAGGAGGUGGAGGCGAUGCGGGAGCAGAAUGAACGCAUGGGCCGCGUGGGUGCCUGCAGCGCCCCGAUUCGGCUCACCGUGACGUCGCUGCAUAACAUGCGGCUGGAGACCGAGCUUGGCAUUGCGUCCAGUCGACACGUGACGGGGCACACCGCCACCGCAAUGGAGCGGCGCAGUUCGACGCAGCUGAGCUUCAGUGGCCGCGCCAACUCCCCGGCCACACCGCAAAGCCCUGCACAGCCGCAGGGACUCUGGGGCAGCGGAAGCUCGCUUGCCGACCUCACCGCCACGCCGCUGCCGCCCGGCACGCCACUGGAGUCCUCGCCGCUGCUUUCGCAGGAGGUGCUGCAACGCUGGGAGGAGAGUAAGCGCGACGCCGAGAGUUUCUACGCCUACGUAAGCGACGACAAUAGAAGUGCGUACAUGACAAAGAUCGCACAAAUUACGUUAAAGAACUAUGAGCGGAACAAGCUCGAUCGACUGCGUGGGAUUGCCAAUGAGAAGCGUCUUGAUCGUAGAGGAAAUUUGCUGGAGUCUGGCGGGUUGUGGAUCGUUGAUGACGAGGUGCGUGCCCAGCUGGCCCGCAGGUAUCAGAUUGAGCAGGAUGGCGAGGCGGGCACCGCUGGUGGCGGAGAUGCAAAGAAGAAUGCGACGGAGGCGCCUACCGAUGACACGGCGACGCGGGAGACGGCUUCACCGCCGGUGAGUGAGGAGGAUCGCAUGGUGCAGCGAUUCAUGGCUUGGCGCAAGACUCAGGACUUCUCCUUUGCGUCCGUGCCGGAUGAGUUCAUGGCGACAGUCGACGAGGACGCCGUGGAGGAUGACACGGCGGGGGCGCAGCGACCGCCCGCCUCCACGCGAUCGCCGGAGCUGCUGCUGAUGGACACAAGCCCGCAGAGGGUGGCCUCCCAGCUGCUGCACAAAGCAGCAAGCAGCAUGCUAAAGCGGCCAUCCUCUGCCCGCGCCUCCCUCGCACACUCGCAGGGCAGCUCGACGAGCCUGGAGAGCGAGCCACCGAAGAAGUUCGCGCGUCGCGCGUAA